GCUCUUUCAUACGAUUGGUGUGGCCCGGUCUUUGACCACGCGAUUAUAUGCAAUGGUAAAAGGCUUGAUAUCAAUGCCUCGUUAAAUGCAUGCCUUAAGCGCCGCAGAAGCGACUGGGUUGAGAAACCGGAGUUUCUUUGGGUUGACGCUAUUUGCAUUAACCAGAUGGAAGCAACGGAGCUGAAUCAACAACUAGUAUCAAUGGACGACAUCUACAGGGGCGCACUGAUUGUCUUCAUUGAUUCCGGAGACGCGCCAAUGGAGUAUUCUGUCGGUUACGACUUGACGCUUCGAAUUUGCGUGGUCAGGAAAAUGCUAGAUGAGCGUGUGGAGGAUUUAGUUGAUGAGCAACUG